GAACAUCCUAUCCCUGCAGCUAUUCAUGCCUGCAGGUGCGAAACCGGCUCAUGAGGCUCCCAGAGAUAUAGCAAACCCCUUCAUUCUGUUUACCACACACGAUCAACUGCACUAAACUGUCCAUCCGCGCACCAUUCAAGGUCGCCACAUCGAGCACAAGGACUCCCACUGUUGCAAGUACGUGCAAAGGACGAUGUUCACAGAGCAGGACCAUGCGCUGGAGGCGAUCCGCAUUACCGGCAACAUUAUCGAAGCGCACGAUGAAUAUGAACAGGCUCAUUCCAUGCAAGGGUCCGACAGGGAGGUGAAUUCGGCGCUGUACGCUGCGACCAACAGACUUUGCCGAUGGCUGCAUGCGCUCCAUCAGAUUCAACCCGAAAAUCCAGGAUUGAUGAGGAUGAUCGAAGAUUUUGGCCUUGCCGAGAAAGGUCAUUUCAGGGGACACGAGGACUGGGAUCAAGGGGCGUGUAAGCGUAGAAUUCAUAAAUACGCGCACUAUUUCCCCGCUGAGAGUGACAGCGAGGACGAAGGCGGCGGCGGCGGUGAUGACAGCAGACAGGGAGACGAAGAUAGAUACGCCGGCUAUGACAACGAUGAAUACCAGAAUGGCAAUGGCAAUGGCGACGACUACGACUAUUCUCAAGGGUUUGGCGACGAAGGAAAUGACUACGGCGAAUGGAAUGGCUAUGGCGGAGGGAACGGUGAAAUGAACGGCGACAUGAAUGGUUAUGGCGAAGAAGGCGACUUGAACGGGGCGGACGACUUUGGAGGUAGUCGCGGAGGACAUUAUGACCAUGGCACAGACUUCGGUCACAGUCACGGUCAUGGCCACGGCCAUGAUCAGUAUCAGCUGGAUAAUGACCUCUAGUCGCAGGAUGACACGUAUAGAUAGUGUCUUGGGCGGAGGAAAAGCUUUGGGCAGGAAACAGGCGUCAAUCAUGGAGGAGCAUUCGAGCUUUUGGUAGGAAUUCUCUCGUCUUCCUCAUGUGGCUCGUGCGGUAACUGAAGGUUGGUCCCAAUUUGAGGUAGCAUCCUAACACGCUGGUGUAUAAGGCCAAAAUCUAUCCGAGUUCUGUGCUUUGCCAUCGCGGACAAUGACAAGUGGGUGCAACACGACAGGCUUGUUAACG